GCCGACUCGCCAGGUUCAGUAUGUAGGAGACAGUGAAGAGAGCGGAUUUUAAUCACCUCUGUCUCUUUAAGAAAAUUCAUCGAACCUUUAGGAUUAGAAGCAAAGGAGACAAUCUACCGAUAAUACGAGCAGACUGACAACCACGGACCGAUAAAGAGGAUGGAUUUAUAAAACUUCCAGGCCGGGAAUAAGCGCUUGUUUCAGGGGAGAGAGAGAGCAUUGAUGGGGUUUAAUAGUAAUCGAGUGGAUUUAAAUAAAUGCAUAACAUAAAACGUGAGUAAUAUGCAGAAGACUCGGGAGAUUCCAGCGUGUGUGUGAGUGUGUUUUUUUUUUAAAUUAUUUUUAUUUUUUUGGUUUGAAAUUGACUGUGCAACUUGGAGCGGUUAGAAAUGAUUAACAGCUGAAACUUGCAGAUCGUGUAGGGAAGUGGACGUUGACGGAACAUCAAUCUUGAAUCUCUGUAAAACAAAUCGAAUCCGCACGGAUAUUUUCUGUUUUCAAGGAAUCUGGAUCUGUACUGAAAAAUAAGGCGCAGCAAUGUGAUUUUUUUUUUUUGUUUUUGUUUUUGUUUUUUUUUUAAAACGUUCUCCGUAACAGGCAUCUGUUUUAAUUGUGUGUUUUGCCAUUGCACGAAGUUGCAAAGCGAGAGAUAUUUUGUUUCAAUUUGGCACCUGUCAGGUGGCAGAAAGCAUCUCUGGUUUUAUUUGGGUUCCAGGAGUAUUUGGAUCGCCGAAGCGUCUGCUUUGGUGGAUUAUUUGGAAUUUUGUUUGCUUAAUAUUUUCGGGAGGUUCGGAUUCAAGGUCAUUCUGUGGAAUUCUGUGUGUUUGUGUUUUUUUUCUUUCGUGGAAUUUGCGAGGGGUUAUUUUCUUCGAAGGGUAAACCAACCACGAUUUUACCAAUCAUCUUAUUUUUUAGUAAAUCCAUUUAUAAAUGGAUGGUAAAAUGAAGCAGAGCCGGAGAUCCAGGUCUCAACGGGACCAGGUAAGGAGAAGGGAGUCUGCCAGCACGGAUGCCCGCAAUCAGAGUCCUUCCUCCGGCUCUGACAGGAACGAGAGUCCCGGCAGGGAACACGCUUCACAAAAUGGGAAAAAAACUCAAAACGUGUCUGCCUCUGUCCGUGCCCCCCGGCCCCCGAGGAGAAAGAGAAGGGAAUCCGGCUCUCAAGAAGAGGUUAUUAUUGAUGGGUUUGCCAUAUCCAGCUUUAUCACGCUGGAUUUCUUGGAGAAGGACCUCGCUCUCAAGGCCCAGGAGCGGCUGGCUGUGAAGAAGCGGAGGGGGCUGGAGAACGGGGUGACUGCGGAGCCAGCGCAGAACGGACACCUCGACGGAUACAGGAGCUCGGAGAGAGAGCAGGACCGGGGCAAGAAGAAAGUGCCGCUGAAGAAAUCCAAGCAGAUGAAGGGAUGCUUGACCCGGACCAACAAGAACAGUGAAGAAGACCCUCUGCAGGAGAUCACAGGACCCCAUCUGAGUGAGAGUUCCACUCACUGCUUUUCAGGACACGGCUACUCGUGUGACAGCGAAAGCGACGUCGAUGACAAGGCGUCUGAUGUAGGAUCAGAGAAGCUCUUCUCCCCCACACUAAGUAAAGGUCUGAACUCGAAUGAAAAUCUUGAAUCGAAGACAUCAAGCUCGACCAAAGUCUCUGGGCUCCAGCGUAGCCAGGAGCAGAGCACCGAGGUUCCCUUUGUGCCUCCUGCACCCAGCCCCAUCCCCGCCUCCCCUCCCGCUGCAUCCGCGCUGCCCGCUGUCGCCAGCACCGCGGCUCCCCCGCCCAGCACCAGAGUCCGCAGCCCGCCUCCGCCCGUGAAGAAGGCAGCAGCCGUCCGACUGCCAACCCCAUCCCCACUGCCCGCCCAAUCACAACCUCAGACAGAGCUCCGAGCUCCGCCCCCUCAGGUCCACGCCCCGCCCAUAUUCAACCACCAAGUGCAUCACCAGCUGCAACAUUACAACAGUCUUAACAAUAUCAGCAGAAGCAGCAGCGCGAGCAGUGCGGCCAGCGCCAGCCUCCCGAAACACCACCUCCCCCCCUCCCCCCACUUCAUUGGCCACCCCUCAUCCAAUCCCACCCUGCCGCUGUCCAUUGCCAGCCUCUCUACCUCGCACUAUUCGCUGCGACCACCGCCACACCACCAUCCGGCCAUGUUCGCAACCCCAGCUACACUGCCACCACCUCCAACCUUACCAACAAACAGUCUCGUGGUCCCAGGGCACCCCUCGGGGGCCGGCUUUCCAGAGCAUGGCCUGCUGCGGCAAGAGUUGAACAACCGCUUCCUGGUUCAGAGUUCAGAGCGGAGCGGCGCAGCAACCUCCCUGUCUCUCCUGAGAGCCGAGUUUCACCAACACCAGCACACGCACCAGCACCAACACACUCACCGACACACCUUCACGCCCAUUCCCGCCAGCAUUGCUCCGCCCACUGCGCCGCCCGUGCUGCCUCCCCCCCCCCGAAAUUUCGAUAAGUACGCUCCCAAACUAGACAACCCAUUCUUGCGGCACUCGAGUUUCUACCCAUCAUACCCUCAAACCAUGACCGGAAUGCCUCCCCUGCUCCCCCAUACAGGUCCUUUCAGCUCUCCCCAUGGAGCAUUCCAGCCUUCCAAGGCCUCGAACCCUCUGGAUGUAGCAGGUCGACCGGGCAGCGUGCCCCACACACUCCUGCAGAAGGACCCGAGGGUAUCGGAUCCCUACAGAACACCUGUCAGAAAACCUGGUAAAUGGUGCGCUGUUCACGUGCAAAUCGCCUGGCAAAUCUAUCACCACCAGCAGAAAAUGAAGCAGAUGCAGGUGGAGCCUCACAAACUGGACAUGAACGGGAAGCUGGACCUGUUCAGCCGGCCCCCAGCCCCGGGCGUCUUCCCAGGAUUCCCCUACCCCCACGACCUGGCCAGACCCCUCUUCUCCUCCACAGGACCGGGUCACCCGGCGGCUUCUCCUUAUGGACACGCCCCCCACCACAGCAGCUUCCUGCCUACCGGCCACCUGGCAGGUAAGUAUCCUUUCAGUCGCUCCAGUAGCUUUGGCAGCCUUGGCAGCCUCGGAACCAGUGCCUUCGGAGGAUUAGGCAACCCCUCGAUUGCUCCCAGCUCUGUUUUUGGACACAAAGAAGGCCACGGCCUGCCUGGCUUCAGCAGCCCCCACCACGACACGUGGAACCGCCUCCACCGGGCCCCGCCCUCCUUCCCCACCCCGCCCCAGUGGCCAAAGGCAGCCGACAUGGAACGCAGCUCCUCGGUGACCAAUCACGACCGGGAAAGAGACCGGGAGAGGGAGAGGGAGCCAGAGAAACGGGACUCCUCCAUCGGUAGAGAGGAGAGAGAUAAAGACAGGGAUUCCCUGGAUAAGAACCGCCACUCCAACAGGUCGUCCCCGGCAUCUGCCCCGGGCAGCUACCAGAUCAGCAGCCUCAUCCGUAGCAACAGCCAGACCUCCAGCGACUCCAGCAGGCAGCACAGCGGCAGCACCGAGCGCAGCCGGGAGCCAGAGAGGGAGCUCCUGGAGCGGCAGAGGGAGUCGGCGCUCACGGGAGACAUCAAGGUGAAGGAGAGCCGCUCGCCGGGCAAGGAGAUGCCCAUCCAGGAGAUGACCAAGCUGGCCCACCAGCCACCCUCCCCCUACGGGAAGCCCAUCCUGACAGACACGGGGCUCAAGCUGAAGGACGGGGAGAGGAAAGCGGGGGAACUGCCCUCGGUGGAGCUGCUCCACAAGGGCAAGAACGACGUGAAGAUCAAAGAGGAGCGGAAGGAGGACCAGGAGGUGAUGGUGGUGAGCAUGGAGCUGCCCCCUCCCAGCCACCUCCCCCGGGUGGUGUGGGUCAGUCCCCCUCACCAUCAGCCCCCACGCUGCACGGAGAUGCCUUCCCCUGCCUCCCUCCACGGGGUUCCCCUGCCCCACUCCAUGCCUCUCUCUAUGAGCGGGGUGCACCAGGUCAACAGCCUCAGUGCCCUUGACCGUGCGCGGAUGGCCCCCUUCAUGGGAAUCAACCCCCUGGUUCCCGGGAGAGACCGCAUGCCCCCUCCGGGCUUCGCCUGGGACCCCCUCCGCGACCCCCUGAGAGAGGCGUACCGCAACCUAGACCUGCAGAGGCGGAUGGACUUCCAGCUGCGGGCGGAGCAGAGCCACCGCUUCCCUGCAAUGUUCGAGCCCGAGCGAGGCUACAGGGACCGGGAGCCCCACGAGUACUCCCACCACGAGCACCUGCUGGAGGCACGGGCGCGGGAGCACGAGAGGCUCCGACAGGCCGAGGAGAGGGAGCGGAUGCACCUGCGCGAGGAGCUGGACCGGGCGCGGCUGCACCAGCUUCACCAGUCCCCCAUCGAGGGCCACCUGCCCCACAUGCCACCCUUCAUGUCCCCCCUGGGAGGGAUGCAUUACCACAGACUGAGCCCCUCGGCCGCCCACAACGGGAUGCUAAACAGGACCCCACCCACUGCCGCCUUGAGUGCCCCUCCGCCUUUAGUGUCCGCGGGCAUCCCCAGACCUGCCUCCCCAAGAAGGACUACCCCCCUCACUGCCUCCGAGCCCAGGGACUACUCCCCCUCACGCAAACCCAAAGAAGUGGAAGCUCGAUAGCUUCAACCCGACACGUGCACACGUACAAAACUGACCUUUACAAAUAGAAAUGCACUGCUUUUGAAAAAAAAAUAAAGAGAGAGAAAAAAACAGAACUGUACAUUUGUAAAACCGAAGAAGCACACGACUUGCUUUGUUUUUUUGGGGUUUUUUUUUGGGGGGGUGGGGUCAGGAUAGGAGGGGGUUAUAAAAAAAAAACACAGUAAGAAUUUUCUGUACCAAUUUUUAAAUUUGAGAUUAAUAUAUUAAUCAGAUUGGAUAUUUGUCAUGUGCAAGGUGAGAUUCUGAAAUAAGUUUGGAUGUUUCUUUUUCUCUUCCCUUGUAACGAAGUUGUUUUUAUGGAUUUGUAUAUAUGUUAUUUUUUAUUAGAUUAAGUUCAUUAGUUGGAAGAUCUCCAGUCUCCUUGUUUGUAUUGUUUAUCACCGGAGACUCUGAAAUGGUGAGCUACAGGUCCACAUUUAUAUUUUACCGUAUUCGUUACCUGGAAAAUACUCAGCAAUCACAAUGUACAAAGUUACAUUACAGGAUUUUGUUUUGCCUUAAAGAUUAUGAGGUCUUUUGUUUUUGUUUCUGUAUAAAAAAAUAUUGUAAAGAAUAUUCUGUUGAUAUUCUUUGGGGGGGGGGGGAAUUGAAUAAGCUUUUUAAAUGUUUCUAGAAAAAAAAAAAAAAAAACAGAACCCCUUCUUACCAUAUUGUGAUUACCAUGGUUACAGACGGCCAUCGUGUUGGAAACUCAGUGACAGAGAAGCCCCCCCACCCGUGUGUUUCAAUCUUCGAUCUAUGCAAAGAGCUGUUGGGGACGGGCCCAGGUGCAG